ACCAUUCUCUUUCAUUUCACAUCCAUUUCACAGACGGUUCGAGAGACAGAGAGAGAAACCCUAUUCUCUUCCAUUCCACCAUUAUUUCUGCAAAUAUUAGUUAGAGAAAGUCAUCCAGAAGUAGAUCAAGGAAAGAACAAUGGGUUUUGAAUAAGGAUUUGGACAUGCAACCUAAAAAGUUUGUUAGCAAAGAGUAUGGGUUAAAAUAUCUGGUGAUUCAUUGUGGUGGACGUUGUCCACCUGAUCAACCAAUUGGGGAUUUGCACUUCUUUGACUAUAUGAAUGGCAGUGAAUUUCGUUAUAAGAAUUUUAGUGGGGACUGUUUGAGUAUGAUUGAUCUUAUUGCUGGUAUGGGAGACAAGUUGAAUGGUUUGGGUGGGGUGAUUACUUUUCAGUAUUUGGAUGGGUUUUUUUUAUUGGGAAUAGAUGAUGAAUAGGACUUGUUGAGGUUUUGGACUGAAUUUCAGAUCAAGAUGAAGGAAUUUCUGAGGUAUAUUUGUUAUGAUUCAUGCUGAUCCUAUAAACGUAGAUGUUGGGGUAGGUGUUCAGCCGUAUAUUCCAAGAGUUGUGUCUGAAGUUGAUGUUGCUGGUCCCUCAACACAGUCUCAGAGGGAACGACCAGUAUUUAUUGAUAUUGAUGACUAUGAUGAUGUGGUAGUCCCUGAGCAGCCACAUGAGCAUAUGAGUCAGCAGCCAAAUGAUCAGAUGGGUCAACAGCCACAUGAGCAGAUGGGUCAGCAGAUCCAUACACCUAGAAGGAAGUUUUUUGCUUCAAAGAAUGUGGAUUUUAAAAAAAGAGCUACUGUGAAUGAUAACACAACAACUGGACCUGCAAGUAAGAAGAAGACAUCAAGUGGUGAAGAAGGGUUUGAUGAAGAAGAGUUGGAUGUACUUCCUGAGAGCACUAAUAUGGAUUAUCCUGACAUUGAUGAUCUACCAAUUAAAGAUGAUUACCACAGUAGUCAGUCGCUUAGUUCAGAGAGUGAACCAGAUGAAGAAUCUGACUGUGAUACUAACUUGGAGGAAGAAGAAGAGACAGCUGAGCCAUAUAGAUAUAGAGAGUAUAGGAAGGUUGCAGACAAGUAUGAUGAUAUGUAUGCAGAUAAAGAAAGUGAAGACCAUGUUCCAUGGACAUGUGAAACAUAUGAACUUGAAAUUGGUAUGACUUGGCCAACUAUGAAAGAGUACAAGACAUUUGUGACAAGGUUUUGCGUAGCCAAUACCAUGGAAAUUACAAAGACAAAGGAUGACAAGGACAGAUUAAGGUGCAGGUGCAAAGACCCCAAAUGUUCAUUCAGACUUAAUGGGAAUCUCCAAAAAGAUGGAAGCACAAUCAAGGUCACUAAGUAUGUGCCUAAACACACUUGUGUAAACAGGGACAUGUCUAAGAAGAAAAAAUUGGACAAUUCAACUUGGAUUGCUUCAGUAAUAAAACAGGAUGUGCCGACACAUACUUGGGCUUGGUCAACAUUUGAUCUGACUUCCAAAUGUGAGCAUGUAACAAAUAACUUCACUGAAGCAUUUAACAGUUGGAUGCUAGAUGUUAGGUGUCAGCCUUUGCACAAAUUGUUGGAAGGAUUCAAUUUAAAGGUCAUGGGAUUGAUAUUUGAAAGGAAGAUGAAAUUUUUGCAGUGGGAGAGAGAGGGAAAGAUAUUGGUGCCAAGGGCAGGGAGAAUUAUGAAUAAUAAAAUUUCCAAGAAGAAUAGAUACAAAUUGUUUGAACAAAUUGAGUUUGAAUGGUGUGUCCAAAGCCGAAUGAGUGGAAGUAGGUGGGAUGUUAGAUUAACUGAGAAAUCAUGCAGUUGUUGUGUUUGGGACAUUACUGGCAUUCCAUGUGUCCAUGCAGUUGCAGUAGGAAUACAUUUGAGGGAUGAUAUGAAUAGUAUGGUUGAUGACUUGCAAAAGGUUUCCAGCUAUAUAAAAGCUUAUGCUGGUAAGGUUAAGGCAUGUGCAAGUGAAGAGAAUUAACUUGAGCAUGAAAUGAGGCCCAACAAACCUAAAUACAAGAGAAAGGUUGGUAGACCACAACUGAAUAGGAUUAGGUCUGACGUUGAAGGAAGACCAAACCCUGAAAAAGACAAGAGAAGCUAUGGUGGUUGUAGUUCAAGUGCCCACAAUGUCAGAAGAUUCCCUACAAAUAAUGUACCAUCUACAAGUGCUACAGGAAGGGGCAGGGGCAGAGGUAGGAGCCAAGGAAGAGGCAGAGGCGAUACUGAACCUGCUGGCAGGAGCAGUGGAGCAGGAUCUUCACAAGGAACGGGAAGAGGCACGCCACAUGCUCAACUAAAUGGAAGAGGUGUAGCUAGAGGAAGAGGUGCAGCUGCAGCAAGACCUGUCCCUCCUCCUUACACAGGUAUUUGUGGAGCUGGAAUAGAAGCAACAACAACAAAUUUCCACAGCGAGAAUGGAUUUAGAGCAGAUGGAAUGAGGGAAGCUUUUAGACCCCCAUCCCAGACCUUCAAACCAGCUUGGAGGCGUUAAGUGCAUAUACAUGUUUGUGUGUGUGCUCUUUUUUUUUGAUGUGCAUGAAUGCAACAUUUUGUACAAAGAUUAUACUCUGAUAUAGCUUAGCAUUGUGCAGGGCAGUUGCCAUUUUUUUGUACAGAGAUGUUACUCUGUGAAGGCUAUGUGUAGGGAAAACUAUUUUAAUACCCUGUUAUGUGUUAUGGCCAUAUAUGGUCUUUGUUAGUCUCAGUUAGCCACUUUACUUUCUUGUUUGGACAUGAUUCUACUUUAGUUCCAGAAAUCAGUUUAUUACAUUUCA